GGUAAAUCGCACGGAGAGAUAUUCUCUGGUGUCAAAUGAGCGCUCCAGACCCCCCCCUAGUGGAAAUGGAAGGUCAGUCAUUACGUUCAAGAUGGCGACCCCCUUGUGUCAGUGUUACCAGAUAUGUGUAAGAAGAGGCUUGGUGGCAUUCCCUUCCUCUUACCUGCUACUUCACAACAGACUCAAUGUUUACAGGAUACGUGGGGUCCUGACAUGCUCUUCACCGGUGCCUCGGUCACCUCUUCUGCAGGUAAGGCAUUUGUCAGGGGAGAGAGGUGGUGGCAGAAAAGGUUUCCUGGGGGAGCUUCUGGAAAACAUUAAGCAGGAGCUUAACAAGAACAAAGAAAUGAAAGACAACAUCAAGAAGUUCCGGGAAGAAGCUAAGAAACUGGAGGAGUCCGAUGCAUUGAAACAAGCUCGAAGGAAAUUUAAAACUAUAGAGUCUGAAACAGUGAAGACCUCCGAUGUUCUGAGGAAGAAGUUGGGAACCAUCUCUGAGACAGUUAAAGAGGGGCUAGAGGAGGUCAGCCGUACAGAUAUUGGGAAGAAAAUCAAGGAUGGAAUGGAGGAAGCAGCCAAAACAGCGAAGACCUCAGCAGAGUCCGUCUCUAAAAGUGGAGAGAUGUUGGGGAAGACUGGUGCGUUCAGAGCAAUAUCAAAGGGCAUGGAGAGUGUAAAGAAAGACAUUGGUGAACUGGGUCACACUGGCCCUUACCGGCCUCCUGCCAGACUCAGGAAGAGGAGUGAGUUCUCCUCCAAGGGGGCAGGGGAUGGCAGCAAGGUCUUCGAAGCCAACGAGGAAGCAAUGGGUGUGGUGCUCCACAAAGACUCAAAAUGGUACCAGCAGUGGAAGGACUUCAAAGACAACAAUAUGGUCUUUAACAGGUUCUUUGAGAUGAAGAUGAAGUAUGAUGAGAGUGACAACGCCCUCAUCAGAGCAACUCGUGCUGUCACCGACAAGAUGACUGACAUCAUAGGUGGGCUGUUUUCUAAGACCGAGAUGUCUGAAGUACUCACUGAGAUUUUGAAGGCGGACCCAUCCUUUGACAAAGAUUCUUUCCUCAAGCAGUGUGAACGAGAUAUCAUCCCCAAUAUACUGGAGGCGAUGAUCAGAGGGGAGCUGGAGAUACUGAAGGACUGGUGUUAUGAAGCGACAUACAGCCAGCUGGCACACCCAAUUCAGCAAGGCAAGGCCAUGGGACUUCAGUUCCACUCUAAGAUCCUGGACAUUGACAAUAUUGAUUUGGCCAUGGGGAAGAUGAUGGACCAGGGUCCCGUGCUGAUUAUAACUUUCCAGGCUCAGUUGGUCAUGGUGAUCCGAAACACCAAAGGAGACCUGGUGGAGGGAGACCCUCAAAAAGUGCUCCGGAUGAUGUACGUGUGGGCUCUGUGUCGAGACCAGGAGGAGCUCAACCCAUAUGCUGCCUGGAGACUACUUGACAUCUCCGCCUCUAGCACCGAGCAGAUCCUCUAAGACUCUUUGAUCCGCACAAAAGCAACAAACAAACAAAAAAAACAAGCACUCAGAGAGAGAACAU